UCGUUCAAAAAAAGUUAUGUUCACAGGGGGUGAAUCUUUGCAAAGUCAUGCCUUCUUCGGAAUACAUGGCUGGGAGCGUUUCAGGAGCGCUUGGAGUGAUUGUAGGACAUCCGAUGGAUACAGUCAAGGUACGGCUACAGGUGCACACUCAAUAUAACGGUAUAUUCGACUGUGUGGCCAAAACAUUUGCCAACGAAGGGCUCCAUGGCUUCUUCAAGGGAAUGGCGUUCCCGGCUCUGACCUCUGGCCUAUCCAACUCUGCCAUCUUCGGUUCUUAUUGCAGCGCUCUGGAUUACCUCACGCGGUCGCGGCCAGGCGACCGCGUCCAGGGCAAAGACGCUCCCGCAGCGCACGUCUUCGCGGCCGGCUGUUUCUCUGGACUAGUGGGGGUGGUGAUCAUGGCCCCCGUGGACCUGGUGAAAGUGCGUCUGCAGGGCCAGGCCAGUGGAGCGCGCUACCGAGGGCCCCUCCACUGUGUCUCCACCAUACUGCGGGAGGAGGGGCCCCGCGGCCUCUAUCGUGGUGCGCUGGCCCUAGCCCUGAGGGACGUCCCCUGCUACGGCCUGUACUUCCUGCCGUACGAGCUGGUGAGGCGGGCCCUCACGGAGCCAGGAACACAGUCGGGGACCUUCGCCGUGCUGAUGGCCGGGGGCACGGCGGGCGUGGUGACCUGGGCCUGUGCCACGCCCAUGGACGUGGUCAAGGCCCGGCUGCAGCUGUCCGGGGCGGGGGGCCGGCACUACCGCGGGGUCGCCCACUGCAUCCUGGUCAGCGCCCGGGAGGAGGGGCCCCGCGUGUUCUUCAGGGGCCUCCUGCUGAACAGCGCCCGGGCGUUCCCCGUCAACGCCAUCACCUUCCUCAGCUACGAGAGCCUGGCAAGGGCCCUGCGAGGGGGCUGA